AUGGAAAAAGUGAGCCGCGGUGGUCAAGCGAAGCUAGCAGCAAAAGGAGAUGAGAGAUUAAAGACGAUCCCUCCCACGUCCUCCGCAUCGACAAGGAGGAUGUCACGUCUUGAGAAACCGAGGAAGGAAAAAGUAGAGAUAAUCCAGCAGGACAAAACGCUGAUUACCGUCUGCGUUUUGCUUCAGCCGGCAGCACGGCAUCCCGCGGGGGCCGGGCUGGGAGAGCGCUCGCACGGCAAACGGCCGCCGAAGACUCGGGGGGACCCAGGUCUGUCCCUUCGAGGCCCUGGAGGAGCCGUGCUGCCCCUGCCCGGAGGGCGGGCACGGUGCCGCCGCCGCCGGGAUUCGGUGUCGUCCGGUAAAACCACGAACCCUGCCGGGAACCGCAUGGCCCAUACGUUUCAGCUUCCGUUAAAAAAACAAGGGGCUGGGGACUGGAAGGUUGACAUUGUGGACAUCUAUGAGUCUAUCCGUGAAAGGCAGCGUCAUGACAGCGAAAGGUCUACCUGCAGCACCUUGGAGCAGAACGACAUUGAAGCCGUUGAAGCGCUUGUUUGUAUGAGCUCCUGGGGUCAAAGAUCGCAGAAAGGUGACAUAUUAAAGAUAAGGCCACUUACGCCCUUCUCAGAUUCUGGUGAUUUCACAAUGCACGCUGAGGCUACGUCUGAAUUACCAAAGGACUAUUUAUCUACACUGUGCAUGACCCCUCCGCAUAGUCCUGACUUUGUUGAGAUAUCAGCUGCUAUGCUCCUCUCCUCACAAGUCACUUACUCCAAGCCGAGGACUGUCAUGGCAAAUACAGCCGCCUGCUCAGUCACAUCAGCAACUGGUGCCUCUCCCAUAACCAAGCCAUCUGUUAUAAACAUGGAGCGACAGUGCAGCCAGAAGCCAGCAAUAUCUGAAUCCUUUGCCCCUCAGCCUUGCAGAGCCAUGGCAACGAGCGUGAUACGUCACACAGGCUACAGCACUUCCAGAGAAUGGUGUGGAGCGGAUGACCGAAGACAUUCCAGACUGCCACAGGACACGUGUGCUGCAGAUGAUUUAAUUAACAAAACCUCUCCAGUACAUCAACCUUACGCACAUGACUCCAGUGAUAUUGUGACCAAUAAAGGAGAACUACCAGUCCGGCCUGUUUCGCCACAGACCCACUUACCAAAGAAUUGUGAGAACGACUUGCAAAAAAGAGCUACCCCAGUGACACCUGCCCCUGUUUCAAGCCCCCAAGUUCUUUGUCAAAUGAUCCCUUUAAAUGGACAAAGCAGUAUGAUCAAUGCCUAUGUCAAGCCUUCAACUCCAACAGUCUCAACUCCCAUGAAACCUAUUUUACCACAGACAGCCCCGCUCUCUCAGCCUGUACUCAUGGGACCUUCUGUGCCUCAGGGGACCGUCAUGUUGGUUCUUCCACAGACUGCUGUCACGCAGACACCGCAGUGCCCACAAACAGUAAUGACUGUUGGGAACACCAAGUUACUGCCCCUUGCUCCUGCUCCUGUGUUCAUCGCUUCUGGUCAAAGCUGCGCCCCCCAGAUGGACUUUUCUAGACGGAGGAAUUAUGUUUGCAACUUCCCUGGGUGCAAGAAAACCUAUUUCAAAAGUUCCCACCUCAAAGCCCACCUUCGCACCCACACUGGAGAAAAGCCUUUCAGCUGCAACUGGGAAGGCUGUGACAAGAAGUUUGCCCGCUCAGAUGAACUGUCACGCCACCGCAGAACUCACACGGGAGAGAAGAAGUUUGCUUGUCCUGUGUGUGAGCGUCGCUUCAUGCGCAGCGAUCACUUGACAAAGCACACCCGCCGCCAUAUGACCACAAAGAAGAUCCCCAGCUGGCAGACAGAGGUUGGCAAACUCAACAGAAUUGCCACAGCAGAGAAACCGAAAAGCAGCAGCGCUCUGAGUAUGCUCAUCCCUGUGCCGUCAUCUGUCUGUCAGGGCUAGUGUGAGGGAGCGCCUUCUCUACAAGCUUUCUGAAGAUCACGAAGAGCUCUGAUGGCUACAACAGAACUGACAAUGGCUUUA